UUGUUUCUUCUCGUUUUAUGUGGAGAUCAGUGGAGAUCUAAACUGAUUUAACGAUGGCCAAGAAGCCGACGUAUACGCAACUAAAAGCCAAGAAAAAGUGGCUGCUUCACACUUCAUCUAGUCGGCAAAAAUUCAAGACUAAGRCCAGAUUAACGUCUCAAAAACCACGACGUUCCCGGUCAUCAUCAGUUGGAAAUGAACACAUCAGCUCUUCUCUAAAACGAACAAUUUUUAAGAGUCUCUCCCAAAUAAGCGGACUUUUACAGUCAAAAAAAGGCUCAGAAGAAGUGUUUAAAGUCAGUGACUUCGAUAAUAAUCACAAAUGGCUGACACACGCGAGUAUGGGAGCCGUUUUGMUGCCGAUCAACAUGGUUUUGUGUGCACUGAUGAAUGGUACUCAGUUCUUCAGACAUUAUUUUGAAGCAACAAGAAAAGCUAUCGCAACGGCUGGUGAAUCGCUAAACAGCGGAAUAAAGAAUGGGUUCAAAAGCGUCGACACUUAUCAACGGAAAUUUGUCCAGAGUACAACUGAUGUUGUAUUUCCCACUUCAUCUUACAAGAGGAAAUUUGAAGAACUCACUGAAAGGAUAAAUGAUCUAGAAAAGGAAAUAAAAAAGAUCAAGACUUCACAUUCAGAGACUAUUUGUUCCAAAUGYUAUCAUGGUUCAGCAACUUCAGUGUCGUCUGAAGAAAAAAUGAUGCCCCAAGYACCUCCUCCUCCRCUGCCMCCACCUCCACCACCACCACCUCCACCACUUAUACAACCUCCACCACCACCUCUCAACCUUCAGCUCAAAAAGAAACCAAGUGCCUCAAACUCUAAAGACAAACCCAUCCUGAAAGAAAAUACGAAAGCACUUGUCGUGUCUAUAGAUGAYAUSAAGUCAGUUAAACUGAGAAAAGUUCAACAGAAACCUGCAAAUGGUAGAUCACCAGUCAAUAAUGAACAGUGCAAAUCAACAAGGCAGCCUUUAAAGGAAAUUAAGAAUAAUCCAGUCAAAGCAAGUGGAAAACCUCUUGUAACAAUGGAGGAGCUUAGAGGAAUUAAGCUUAGAAAAAAGCCAACAGAAAGAAGUCAUCGUCAAUCAUGUUUCAAAACCCCUGAAAACAACAUGGUUGUGUUACGAAGAAAUCUUAAAAGGGUGAGCCACAAGAGAAGUCCUGGAGGGACACCAUUGGACAAGACAAUCCAGGAAACUGGUCUUGGUCUUACUCCUAUGAUUACAAGGGCUUUGAGGAAGAAAUUCCAGCUUGCAAAUCCUCCUUCUGCUUCUCCUGAAGAAAUGACAUCUCCAAGAAAGAGAAUCAGGGAUAUUAGCAUUUCUCCUACACAAGCUCCAGUAUUCACCAGCCCCUCUAUUAGAUAAGCAAAGAAACUCUURAUAUACCUUAUGUGACCAGAUCUGACAAGGAUGACAAGGAAAUGAUCUGAACAAUGGUACAUUCACCAUGCAACUUGGGGUCAGGGCUAGAAUAUCACAUAGUAUUGAAUUCAAAUACCACAUUUUGUGGUACCUCAUUUCAAGUCAAGCAAUUCAAUUAAGAGCAUGAAUUCAAAGUAAUAGAAAUAAAUAAUAUUGUAAAUAGUCCAAUUCAAAGUUAGUUAUUAUCUAAAACCUUAAUUAUAAUUAUGUACUGCAGAACAUCUUUAGCUUGGAUGUUGUAAUUUACUAUGUCUUUAGCUGAGCGGUCAUUUUAUCAAGCAAAGUCUGAUGUUUUGAAAUUAUAAUGAUAAAUGAAAUAAGUUUUCAUCAGAGAUAAUAAAUGMAUGUAUAGAAUAAAAGGUUUGAAAAUAUAAUUUAAAAUGACUUUAAACCUAAUUUGCAUUUUUUGCCAUCACAUCAUGUUACUCAUUUCUGCAAAUUAUGCUGUUUAAAUUUAUUUUUAAAGUCAACUAUUGGUGAAGUUUUCUCAUGAUUUAUGUUUCAAACCUUUUAUCCAACAAUUUUUUAAAUCCAAUUUUAUAUGAAUUGUUAUGAAAA